UAUACAUACUUUUCCUUAUUUUGUCAAAGAUUUUCCACACAAAGAUUUCUGGCAAUGGCGUCUGACGAUCGAUUUCACUGUGAGUGGGAGAGAGGUGCUCUCAUCGGCAAAGGUGCUUUCGGCUCUGUUUUCUUGGCUCAUCCCAAGUCUUGUCUCGUGACUCUGGUCUUCCCCUACCUCCUGUGUUUGCCGUCAAAUCUGCUGAGAUUUUGUUUUCGGAGACAAUAGAGAACGAGAUUGAAGUUUUCACCUAUCUUCAGAGCUCAGGGUGCUCACCCGUACAUCAUCACCUGUUUCGGCGAGGAAUUCACUGUCAACGACAACGGCGACACCGUCUACAACUUGUUACUGGAGUACGCUUCCGGUGGUUCCCUCGCUCAUCUUAUCAAGAAAUUGCUUUGGCGUUGGAUGCCUGCUGGACAAGUGAAGCGUUAUACAAGGCAAUUGCUUCUAGGGCUUUCUCAUAGACAAGAUUCCGGGUAUGUUCACUGCGACAUUAAGCCUGAUAAUGUACUCCUAGUUUUAUCUGAAGAUGGUGAUUUUGUGGCAAAGAUUGCCGAUUUUUGGUUAGCGAAGAGAAGGAGUAGGGAAUUUGAUCACGUGAAAGGAACUCCUUGUUACUUGGCACCAGAAACUGUUGUCCAUGGUGUACAGGAUUGUGCCUCGGAUAUUUGGGCAUUAGGGUGUGUGGUGUAUGAGAUGCUAACAGGGUACUCUAUUUGGCCACUUGGUUUCAAUGAGACAACUGACGAUCUCUACCACAAGAUUGCCAGUGAAGAGCCUUAUCUUGCUUUUAGGUUUCCAGGUGAGACUGAAGCUUUCUUGAGAGCAUGUUUUGUGAGGACACCAGCGGAUAGACCCACGGCCAAGACGCUGUGA